AUGGUGCCUGACACCUCUAAAAGGGUAGAAUCAAAUCAACCCGGUGCCUCACAACAUUCUCCCGAACAUGUCGAUUGGGGUGUGGAUAGCGGGUUCAAUGGGUAUUCAACUGGGAAUGAUGAAGGUGAUGGUGAAGGUCAUGAUGAUGAAGUUGAUGAUGAAUUUGAUGAUGGGGGUGAUGAUGAAGUUGAUGAUGAAGGUGAUGAUGAAGUUGAUGAUGAAGGUUUUGAUAACGAGAAAUUUUGUGAUCCUUACAAUAAUGAGACCAACAUGAACGAUAAUCCUUGCAAUGAUGAUCUCCUAAAUGAGAUGGAUGAUAACAUUGAUGAUCCGGACUUCAUAAUUGAAGAAGACGAAGAUAUCGACGACAAUGUGUUGUCCCCCUCAAACAUGAUGGGUGGUUUAAAUGAGCAUAUUCUACGCAACAAGAAGAGUAUAGCGAUCCACAAUGUUCCUCGGCUUGACCUUUCUGGAGGGGUUGCUAUUGAAGAGGACGAUUUGAAUGAAAUCGCUACUCGUUCGAGUAGCGGUUGGAGGAUUCCCGAAGCCAAUUUUCACAAUGUUGAUGUUCAUCCUUCGUCUGAAGAGCCGUCAAUGAUAGACCGUGAAUUAGCCAAAGGCGUUGUCAUUGAAACCCCUCGACAAUUGCCUGCAAAGAUCAUUGGAGCAUUAUUCGCGCCGAAGUUGUUGACAGAGGGCCGAGUAUUAAAGCCUGUAGAGAUUAUGGGUGACAUGAAGCGUGAUCAUGGAAUUAAGCUAAAAUACGAUACAGCUCUGAGGUCUCAAAACGCCGCCUACGACUUUAUUUAUGGAGAUCACAAGAAAUCCUGGGAACUUUUGCCGGCGUAUUUUCAUAUGUCGAUGAAGGAAAAUCCUGGAACAUCGGCAUACAUUGAGACAGAUAAACAUGACGUGUUUGAGUAUGCUUUCAUUUCUUUUCAUGCGUCUGCAGGCUUCCUCAGUUAUUGUCGGCCCGUUAUUGUGAUUGAUGGUACGCAUUUGAAGGGUAAGUAUAAAGGCAUCUUAUUUGUAGCAACUACAAAGGACGGAAAUGAACAAAUUUUUCCUUUGGCAUUUGGUAUCGGCGAUAAGGAAUGUCAUAGUGCGUGGAUGUGGUUUCUCCAAAAGCUUCGCUCCACUUUCGGAUGUCCGGAAAAUUUAGUAAUUGUUUCUGAUCGCCACCCGAGCAUAAAGUCUGCUAUGGAGGCUGUCUACCCUGAAGCCGUACAUGCCAUAUGUUCCUACCACCUUCGACAAAAUAUUCGAAGUCACGGGUCUAAAGCUGUUGGUUUAUAUAUAAAAGCUUCAUACACUUAUUCUCCCGUUGUGUACGAAAAGUCGGUGGCCAUGCUUGCAGCAAAACAUCAUAAAACAUGGGAGGAUUUGAUUGAAGCCAUUCCAACUAGUGGGCACGAAGUCAAUGUCCUGUGA